AAUCAAAUACAAAAGAAAGUUGAACAACGGAAGCUUGAUCAUAUAUUAUAUAUAACUCUUCUCUUCGUUUUUGUUGUAUUAAUAAUCAAAUACAUACAGAUAGAUCAUAUAAACCGAUAGUUGUGUGAUGGACACGUUCUACAUAUCACAUGGAGCUCCGACGUUGGCCAUUGAUGAGUCGCUGCCCGCCAGACAUUUCUUGAAGACUUGGCAAGAGCAAGGGUUAACGAAGAAACCCAAUUCAGUUCUCAUAAUAUCUGGCCACUGGGAGACCGAUGUUCCCACUGUCAAUGUUGUUCAAAAGAACGACAUCAUCUAUGACUUCUAUGGCUUCCCAAGCCAAAUGUACAAGCUCAAGUAUCCGGCACCAGGGGCUCCAGAAUUGGCAAAGAGAGUGAAGGAACUGCUGACAGCUUCAGGCUUCCAAGAUGUUAAAGAAGAUACAAAACGUGGGCUUGACCAUGGAGCGUGGAUUCCAAUGAUGCUAAUGUAUCCAGAGGCCGAUAUACCAGUGUGCCAACUCUCAGUUCAAACAAAUAAAGACGGAACUUAUCAUUACAAUAUGGGGAAGGCAUUGGCCCCUCUCAGAGAGGAAGGUGUCCUCAUUAUUGGUUCCGGAAGUGCUGUGCAUAACCUGAGGGCUAUAAGAUCUAGUAGCAAUAUUGUUCCUUCAUGGGCUCAGGAAUUUGAUACCUGGCUUAAAGAUACUCUCCUUGAAGGAAGAUACGAGGAUGUGAAACACUAUGAAGAGAAGGCACCAAAUCCAAAAAUGGCUCAUCCUUGGCCAGACCAUUUUUAUCCAUUACAUGUAGCUAUAGGUGCCGCCGGCGAAACUGCAAAGGCACAACUCAUUCACAGUAGUUGGCAAGGCGGUACUCUUUCUUAUGCCUCCUACAAGUUCACAACACCCGCUUAAACUCCCAUUGUAAAAGUAAAACUGUGUUGUAGCCUCUUUGAUACAUAUUCCAUUUUCAUUUCUGAAUUUAUAAUAUUACGUUUUAGUGAAGAAGAUAAAGAUUGAUAUUAUAAUUCAUGAUCCGGUAUCUUUGUAUCAUUGUGAAAAUAUUGUUUUUACUGGAUUAUAAGAACAUUGGGGACUUCA